UGUUUGCCCCUGGUCCCUAUGAAUGUUGAUGCGAGUUUGAUUACUGCGCUCGUAGAGCGUUGGCGACCCGUGACGUCAACCUUCCAUUUACCGUUUGGUGAGGUCACGAUCACGUUAGAGGAUGUUGUGACACUGUCCGGUCUGGCGAUCGAUGGUGAUGUCGUCGUAGUUGACAUACCGGAUGAGGAGUGGCCGGCGAUCUGUUUGAGACUAUUAGGACGGGUUCCAGAUGAUCUUUCAGGCGGUGUCGUUAGGAUUGUUUGGUUGAGGGAUGAAUUCAGUCAUCUGCCGGAAAAUGCAUCCCAGGAGGUUACAGAGCAGUUUGCACGAGCUUAUGCUCUAUCUCUAAUGGGAGGUGUAUUGUUCCCGGAUCGGUCUGGAGCACCGGUGCACCUACAGUACCUACUUCUGAUUGAGGACUGGCAGAGAGCUGGACGGUUCGCCUGGGGAGCAGCUGUUUUAUCCUACCUGUACCGUGAGAUGGAGACGAGGGCGCAGAUUGCCGAGGAAGCAUCCCCACGUGGCCUUCGAUGGCUACCGGCCAACACUCGUCAGUAUGGUGACCAGCUAUUCCAGUACACGGUGUGGUUUGACGAGAUGGAAACCAUGGUGUGGCAACCUUAUGUUAAGAGAGCACAUCAUCUCAGAGGUAGUGUGAUACAGUCUGAGACAUUUCGAGCAGUAGUGCCACUAAUCUGCUUUUUUGCGGUGAUGUGGCACCAUCCAGACCGCGUGCUCCGGCAGUUUGGCAUGAGGUAAGGUGAGUCUCAUCAGCCACAUCCUGAGGCUGAGGCUAGGUUUUUCCUUCGUCAGACUACUCGUGGGCCAUCACGUGGGCAGCAGUUGGUACACGCCUCUAGAGAGUCGCUUACUUUUUGGAACCGUCGACAUGAGUUCAUAGUGACGACUCCAUACAAUGAUGAGGUUUUAGCCUACCACUCGGAGCAUAUAGAGUGGUAUCGAGAUGUCACCAGACGUUUAGGCACACUGAGAGGAGCUGUAAUGGAGGCAUUGUUUAGUUAUUUAUUGUUUAAUAUAUUUUUUUGUAUUUGUCUUGAAUUUCUUAACUUUGUGAAAUCACUGACAUUUAAUUUUAAAUUUCAGUACGACACUUUUGAGCAUGCUGAGCUGAGUUUACGUGAUGGAGUACGGACUGGAGGGAUGUCCACCGACCA